AUAGAAUUGUUCUCAUCUGGUUGAUUACUGCGAAAAGUGUGUGAAAAUUAUGCGAAGUAUCCUCUUGUUUCUACUAAUCGGUGCUGACAUUUAUAAUGUUCACAUAAACAGUAUUCCGUUAAACGAGAAUGGACUUCCACAGUUUCCACCAUUCUUUGGACCACCACCUGCAUUCGGACCACCUCCACAAUUCGGGCCGCCCCCAGCACUUGGACCUCCUCCACAAUUUGGACCACCCCCACCACUCGGACAACCACCACAAUUCCUACCACCUUCACCACUCCGACAACCACCACAAUUCCCACCACCCCCACCACUCCGACAAUCACCACAAUUCACACCAUCGCCAUCACUUGAACUAACCUCUCAGUUAGCACCACACCUUCCUUCAGGAUCUCUAUACUCAUCUGAACCGAUUGGCAUACCACCCUCAGGUGGACAGUCUACUCCACUUGGAUCACCAAUAUCUGACAAUGAUCGAUCAACAACUUCACCUUCAGCUGAAUCUCAACAACUAUCAAAGGAGAAAUAUAAAACAAGCAAUAAAGGUAAAUAA